UCGGCCAGUUCCAGCUGAUUCUCUGAUCGGUUCUCAACUCUCCCGCGGUCGCCCUCCGAGUUUGAUAUUGUUUCGACAGACAAGUGCAUAUAGUACACGCAGAUGAUUCGCUAGACGUCGAGCGAAGAUGAUUACCAUAAAUAAUAGCAACCUCCUCCACAGUUGUUGGUUCUUGUUAUCGGUGCAGCGGAUAAACUGAAUCGCCCGAUUCCCCCAAAAAACCUGCGGGACCGUGAAAACUAUUUCACCAAACUAUUUAGACAUUGGACGAAUUUCGCGCUGUGGAGAUCCAUUGUGAAUGAUUAGCCAAAGUGAGCGCCAGCUGUUGGAAUAACAGUGCAGCAGCAGUCCUGGGCAGCAGCAGCAGUCUAUACUGCGAAGAGAAAAAGACAUAUCCAUGGUGGGUGUGGCUUUCAGCUGCUUCUGGUCGUCCAUCGUCUGACAUCCGUUAAAAUAUCCAACGCCGACGGCACUGCGGGACCGGGAGCCAAAAGGAAAAUAGAUAUAACUCUAUAUAGACAAGGAGGGAGCAGCAUCAGGAGCAGCAUCAGGAGCCGGCGUUUUGGCAGACGACUUGAUCAUGGCAGACAAACAGGAGUUGAGCACCAGGAAAUUAAUGAUGUCGCAUCGUCGCUGCUGCAAAUGCUGCCGGAGCUUCAAUAACGGCCGGACCCUGAUCCUGAUGAUGAUGAUGACUCUGGCCAUCGGCCAAAUCCAGACGUCCAACGCUAAACAGCCGUUCAAUUUCACUUGGCCCAUGAAGAAGGCCGCCGAGGUGGAAGGCGAUCUCAUCCUGGGCGGACUCAUGAUGAUCCACGAGCGCCAGGACGACAUCACCUGCGGCCCAGUUAUGCCUCAGGGUGGCAUCCAGGCGCUAGAGACUAUGUUGUACACCAUCGACCAAGUCAAUCCGAUUCUACUGAACACGGUCGGAUUCAAAAUUGGCGCCCACAUCCUGGACGAUUGCGACAAGGACACCUACGGCCUGGAACAAGCCGUCGCUUUCAUCAAAGGGUCCAUCAACAACAUCGGAGACACGGACUACAAAUGUCGGGACGGAACUGUGCCGGACGUGAGGAACAAAGUUAUUUCGGGAGUGGUGGGCGCUUCAUCUUCAGUGACGUCCAUCCAAGUGGCCAAUCUUUUGCGACUCUUCAAAAUUCCUCAGGUUUCCUUCUUCUCGUCGAGUCCCGAGCUGAGCAACAAGCAGCGCUUUGAAUAUUUCACGCGGACCAUUCCAUCCGACCAUCACCAAGUGAUGGCCAUCGUCCAGAUGAUCCGCUUCCUCAAAUGGUCCUACAUUUCCAUCCUCUACGAGGAAUCCACCUACGGCAUCAAGGCGUUCGAGGAGCUGGAAGUGCUGCUGGCCAAGAACAACAUUUGCAUCGCGGUCAAGGAGCGACUGGUCAAGGACUCUGGGGUGGCCGGCGAGGCGGCCUACAACGGCAUCGUCCACAAGUUGAACUCGAAACCCAAAGCCAAAGGAGUCAUCAUCUUCGGGUCGGAUCAGGAGGUGUCGGGAGUGAUGCGGGCCGUCCGGCGCAACAAUCUGACGGCCAAUUUCAAUUGGAUCGGCUCGGACGGAUGGGCCGGCCGCCUCCUCGUCUCCGAAGGCAACGAGCCCGAGGUGGAGGGAACGUUGGCCUUUUUGCCGCAGGCUCAUCCCGUCAGAGGAUUCGACAAUUAUUUCCUCUCCCUCACGCCGCAAAACAACAAACGAAAUCCAUGGUUCAUCGAAUUCUGGGAGCACCACUUCCAAUGCCGCUAUCCAUCCGCCCCCCUGACGCCGUACAACCAGGAUUGGCAUCGGAUGUGCACGGGUCGGGAGAAACUCACUCCCGAAGGCACCGAGUUCGAAGGGCAACUGCAAUACGUUUCGGACGCUGUCAUGGCGUUCGCCAACGCUUUCAAAGAUAUGCACCACACAGUUUGCCACGGGCGCAGGGGACUCUGCAAGGACAUGAUGCCCAUCGACGGCAGCGAACUGCUCAAAUAUCUGAGACGGGUCGAGUUCACGGGAUUGAGUGGCGACCGUUUCCAGUUUGACGACCAUGGAGAUGGCCCGGCCCGUUACGACCUGAUUCAUUUCAAGCAAGUCUCACCCGGUCGAUAUCGAUGGCAGCGGAUUGGCGAGUACCACUCGGGACAACUAAAACUCGACGUGAACGAAGAGCUUCGAUUCCGGGGGGAUCAGGCGACGCCGCCGGAAUCCAUUUGCAGUCAUCCGUGCAACGCGUCGCAGGCCAAAAAGUACGUGGAAGGCGAAGGAUGUUGCUGGACGUGCGUCGAAUGCGUUCUCUAUCAGAUCCGGAAUCCGGAUGACGAGACGCAAUGUUCCGCUUGUCCACUCGGAACUUUACCCAACGUCGAGCGGAGUCAAUGUCUGACCAUUCCGGAAGUCUACUUGCGACCCGAUUCCGGAUGGGCCAUUGGGGCCAUGUCCUUUUCUGCCGUGGGAAUCGCCCUCACCUUCACGGUUUUGGGUGUGUUUCUGCGUCACAAUGACACGCCGGUCGUGCGAGCGUCUGGACGGGAGUUGAGUUACGUUCUGCUGAGUGGCAUCCUCCUCUGUUACAUGGUCUCGUUCCUGUUCGUUUUGCGACCGACGGACGUCGUGUGCGGAGUCCAGCAGACGGCCAUCGGCCUCUGCUUCAGCGUCGUCUACGCCGCCCUUUUCACCAAAACCAACCGGAUCGCCCGCAUCUUCCGCGGCGGCAAGAAAUCGGCCGGACGACCGGGACUCAUCUCACCCAAAUCGCAGCUGGCCAUUUGCGGCGGACUGGUCGCCAUUCAAGGUCUGAUUUUGCUGGCGUUGCUGUGGGUCUCUCCGUCGGUGGCCAAACACGUUCAUCCGACACGUGAAGACAAUCUCCUCGUCUGUUCCUCAUUCACAGACGCCUCCUACAUGAUGGCGUUCGCUUAUCCGAUCUUGUUGAUCCUCCUCUGCACCGUCUACGCGGUGGUCACGCGCAAAAUUCCCGCCGCUUUCAACGAGUCCAAGUACAUUGGAUUCACCAUGUACACAACUUGCGUCAUCUGGCUGGCCUUUGUGCCCAUCUACUUUAGUACGGCCAGUCAUCUGCCACUGAGGAUCACCAGUAUGAGCGUCACCAUCAGUCUGAGUGCCACCGUCACGCUGGCCUGCCUCUUCUCUCCAAAACUUUACAUCAUCAUCUUCCAUCCGGAGCGCAACGUCCGACAAGCUCUGACUAUGCCAACGGCCAAAGUGCCACUCGCACCUAAAAACAGCAAUCAAUUUUCCAACAAUGGCCAUGUGCUAAAUAAUGGAACGAAUAAGACGACUGAAUCGCCUAAAGGUCUCAGCACUUCAUCUGCUGUGCAAAAUCAAUUAUUACCGACGCCAUCGGCGCCUCCGCCACAACCGAAACAGAUUCAAUCGCAGCUGAUUCAGACGGAAGUCGGUCAAGACUACGAAGGCGACCUGACGGUCAAAGUCAUGACAAGUAGCGGCACCAUCGCCGUCUCCAAAAUUCAAACGAAUGACAAGAGUCGUAAUUCCAGUACGGGCAGUGGCAGGAGUCACAAAUCGAUGACCUCAACCGCUCGGCACGUUUCCCUGUGAAAUUUUCCAUCGCGAUUGAUUGAUCGAAUUCGAUAAAAACCCAUUUUUGUACAUGAGGAUGUCACUUGUAUUUUGAAUCAAGUUGGUUGACAAUAUGAUACCAUCAGGCCGGGUCUUUAAUUUGAAAUUGUUCCCGGUCUAGCCGCUACCGGUCACCUCCAAUGUGUAUUUCAAGUCUCUGUUUUGCAUAUAAAUUAGGUCGCGUUUCAAGUCAAACGAAAAUGACGUGUACAAUGCUUGCGUAAUAGUGAUGACUGGCCUUCAAUGGCGUACAUGUAUAUAGACAUAGCAAGCAACUGAACAAAUAACAAGUGAUUGCUUUCUCUCCUCUUA